AUGAUCACUUGGGCCACCGUCACCAGCGGAACAUCCACAUAUACCCAGCCCAUCACUCAGACUAGCACUUUGACCAUCACUUCCGUCGUCACUUGCACUGAGGGCUGCGUUCAGCCUACAACCACCUCGGUGAUUGUUCCUCCCUCAAGCCCUGCUCCCGAGCCUACCUCUCCUGCUCCCGAGCCUACCUCUCCUGCCCCCGAGGUUCCUCCGGUGCAGUCGACUACCGCAUCACCCUCUUCCCCGGUCACUUCCACUGCUCCGGCCCCGGCAGCUACUACUUCUCCUGCCUUCAAUGCUGCCUCCUCUCAAUACAAGAUGUCCCUGGCCGGUCUGAUCCCCGGUCUGGCCAUUAUUAUGGCCCUGCUUUAA